AUGGCCGUCGACAGUCUCUUAACACGCCUGGGCUGCAAGCGAAGAAGCGACGGCCUCGCCCUGCUCGGGAUCCCAGACGAAUACGUCUGGGAGGGCCUCGGCGACGAGGAGAUCGACGCGUACUACGAGGCGAAAGAGAAGGCGCUUGACCAGUUAGAGCUGACGGACGCUGACCAGUUCCUUCAAGAAGUUGAGCUGAUGCAGCGAGUGCCAGCUGCAACGAUACAACAGCUCAAGGACUUGCUAAUCCACCGCGCUGUCCGCCUGGUGCACGUCCUCAAGCCGAUCGAGGAGCAGCGGAAGGGAAUGCGAUCGAUGCAGAGCAAGGGCUACUUGACCCCGAGCCACGUGAGCUCCUUCGAGCAUGCAGAAGAGCUCUGCCAGAAGGAGCUGCAGUCCAUCAUGGAGGAGUCCCAGCUGCUAGUCCCUGGCAGCCCGCGAAAUGCCAUCCGAGAGGUCGCGGCGCGGAUGUACCAUCAGCGGCUGGCGGAGGUGGAGCAGGGCGGAGACAACGACCAGCCGAAGUUCGAGGACAUGAAGUCCGGCUUCCUGAAGAGCACGCCCUCGAGCGAGCCGCCAGCGAGGCUGGCGCACGGCUUCCCGAUCGGGGCCGAGGUGGAAGCGCACGGCCUGCAGACCCAGGCCAUGAACGGCGCCCGAGGGCGCGUGAAGGGCGUGCAGAAGCAGAGGGUGGCGGUGGUGUUCCCGCCGCCCCUUGGCGACAAGGCCCUGCUGCCCGCGAACCUUAGGCUCGUAGCCGCGUCCCCGCCGAUCCACCCGGACGCGGUGGAGGCGCCCUCGCUGACGUUCCAGGUGUGCCUCCACCAUUCAAAGGGGGAGCCGCUGGGCAUCAGGUUCGAGCCGCAACCGCCGCCCGAGCAGCAGGCGCCCGACCAGCAGUCGUGGCUGCUCGUGACGGGCUUCCACGAGAAGAGUCAGGCGGAGAGGCACAACGCCACCCAGAAGGAUCCCGACCUGCGCCUCCGGCAGGGCGACCGCAUCGUGGCCGUGGUGGACGCGAGCGUGCCGGACGCGGAGCGGAAGCCGGUCGGCGGGAAUUUCAGGGCGAUACUGGCGGUGAUGGCCUCUGGCAAGUCGCCCCUGGUAUUUUUCGUCCAGCGGGUCCUCGGGCCCCCCCUGCGGUUCAAGGUCGGCCAGUGCGUCAAGGCGACCUGUGGGGACAAGGGCUGGCUGGACGGCCAGGUCAUUGCAGUGUGGGACACCGACAGCAAGGGCAAGAGGGUGCCCUACGUCAUACGAAUACCGGCCGUCGGGAACGAUGUGUGCGCGCCCGCGGACAGCGAUCAGUUCAUAAAGAAGGGCGACCCGAGGUUCAAGGUCGGGGACGCUGUGGUGGCCAAUUAUCAGGGCGGCUACAAGAAGGGGACCGUCAUAGAAGUGCUCUCCGAACGCACCCACAGUUCCUACCGCAUACGCUUAGAAGCAGGCGGUGAGUGCACUGCGCCGGAUGACCUCAACAAGUUCGUCAGGCCGGUGGCGCGGUUUGAGAAGGGCGCCGAGGUGCUCGUGAACAACGGUUCGGAGUACUUGCCUGCUACUGUUGAGGCCGUGUAUCACCCAGGCUGGACAUACCUCGUCAAGUUGGAUGGGGGCAAUCUCGUGCCCGUGCCCCACGACGUUGACCAGAUCAUAAAGGCCAGAUAA